AUGGGCCUGAGCCGUGCCCCCGGGGGGGAGUGCAGGCCCAGCCUGUCUAAGUUCCCCAGGUCCCGCCCCAAACCCGCCUCAAGAACCGCAGGUAUGGGACCAAAUGACAGUCAACCUGCUCCUGGCCAUUCAACUGAGCCCCAACAGGGGUGCCCAGAUGGGUCCCCUCCCCACCGAGCCGCCGCGCCGAGGCUUAGAAGCCCUCCGGGUCGUUCUCCAGGUCCCCGCGGGCUGUCAGAUCUUGAAUUAGAAGAAUCGGGGGACUCUCAAGCAUUGGUCCAGCUCUCGCCCAAGCAGCCGGAGCAGGGCACAUUAGAACAGGGCAGAAGCAUCCAGCAGGGGGAGAAGGUCGUAGUUAACUUGGAGAUCACACCGAACCAGAAGAGGGCAGAAUGGAAUUCAACCCCGAAACCCACGAGGGCAGGCAAAUUGACAAAGCAAGCAGCUAAGGGUAAACCAAAACCCAGACCUGGAGACCUGAUUGAGAUUUUCCGAAUUGGCUACGAGCACUGGGCCAUCUACGUGGAAGACGACUGUGUGGUCCAUCUGGCUCCCCCGAGUGAGGAAUUUGAGGCCGGCAGCAUCACUUCCAUCUUUAGCAACCGGGCCGUCGUAAAAUACAGUCGCCUGGAGGAUGUGUUGCAUGGCUGCUCCUGGAAGAUCAAUAACAAGCUGGAUGGGACCUACCUGCCCCUGCCUGUGGACAACAUCAUCCAGCGUACAAAACAGAUGAUCAACAAGAUAGUGCAGUAUAGCCUGAUCGAAGGGAACUGUGAGCACUUUGUCAACAACCUCCGAUACGGUGUGCCCAGGAGCCAGCAGGUGGAGCAUGCCCUGAUGGAAGGAGCAAAGGCUGCUGGAGCAGUGAUUUCAGCGGUAGUGGGUAGCAUGAAGCCCAAACCAGUGACUGCCUGA